AUGGAGAACCUGAGCGUGGGACAGGGUGGGGAGGAGGAGGAGGAGGGAACUUGUUUUCUCUUUUCGUUUCUCGAUCGUCGUGCGAUGACGCAGGCGUCGAAGCACAAAGCGGCCCGCCGGUGUCGACUGCGAUGUGUGGCCUUUCCCGCCCUGUGCGCGCACGUACACAUACGCGCAGAAAAAAGCAAAAAGGCGACAUGGUCCUGGCUGCGGGCGACGCCUAUACUUCACGGUGCCGCACUUCAACAAAGUGGAGUGGGGCUCUGCGGUGUGGGGGUGUGGCGUGCAGCUUUUUUGUAA